AUGAUAGAACAUCUUGACGAAGACGCACGUUUGCUCUUUUUGUCUUCAUGGUUGCCAUCCAAUCUGGCCGCUUAUGCAGCGAGAAAUACGGCGGGUUUUGUGAUUGCAGAGCUCAUCAAUCUAAUCAGGGAUGUACAUUUCCGGAUAACAACGCAAAAUGUCAAACGCCCAGAAAUUCGCCAUGUAGAGUGGGCGAUUGACAAGCGGAAUGCAAGUUUUGCAGAUGCCAUAGGGGCUCCGAAGAAAUUGCGAAUGCCUAUGCAGAUUCCCAGCGUUUCUUGGGAGGAUGUCGGAGGCCUUGAAGAAACGAAGCGUGUUGUGAUAGAAAGUAUCGAGUCAAAUCUGCAUGGCACUGGACUCAAAAGAUCAGGAGUAAUCUUCUUUGGACCCCCAGGCUGUGGAAAGACACUAAUUGCUAAAGGUGACAGUCUAGCUGUGGCAACUGAGUUUAAAAUCGCUUUUUUGAACGUCAAAGGACCGGAACUGCUGAACAAAUAUGUUGGUCAAAGUGAAGAAAAUCUUCGAAAAGUCUUUGAAAGAGCUCGGCAAGCAUCGCCCUGUGUUAUAUUCUUCGAUGAGCUGGAUUCUUUGGCGCCAAGUCGAGGACGAAGCGGAGAUUCUGGGGGUGUUGCUGACAGAAUAGUUUCACAACUACUGGCAGAACUCGACAGUUUGCAUCAAUCGCCCCAUAUCAAGGUGUUUGUCAUGGCCGCUACCAACAGAGCAGAUCUGUUAGAUCCAGCAUUGCUAACUCCUGGAAGAUUCGAUAAAAUCAUCGAGGUCAAGCCUGGAACAGAUGUGGAGUCAAAGGUGAAAAUUUUGGAAGCGGUGACGCGAAAGUUACACUUGGCGAAGGAUGUGGACUUGCAUGCAGUGGCUGAACAGUGCGGCGAAAUAGCGACUGGAGCUGAGAUGUACGGACUGGUAUCAGCAGUAGUACUUGAGGCGGUACGUGAACAGGUGAGGCAAUUUUUGGGCGGAUUUGGCAUAUCGCUAUAG